UAAGGACCGGGACUCGACCUUUUUCCUUAAAGAAAAUCCAUAUUGCUGUUACUAAUUCAUUAAUCAAUUAUAAUCUCUGCACAAAUUUACCAUGGCACGCGAUUUUUUUUAUAGUCAAUUUUGACACACCCCCUCAAAAAGGUUGGACAGCCUUGCUGUAGAGUGAGAAGCUGCUUCCCUCGCUGGAGGUACAGGGGCCGUUCGCGGGAGGUCGAGAUGGAGGAGAAAUUGUUGUUCGCACAGCGUGCGGCUGCCUACUUUUGAAUGCAGGGCUUAUUCAGCUCGGGGCUGAAUCAAAAGUUAGUUGAACACUAAGGAAGUCGAGGCUUGGAGCGGGGACGUGAUGGGAAAUUGGAGUCGGCAUACAGCCGAGCAAAUCUUCCUGAUUCUUGCAAAAAGUGCCAGUUUAAUCCGAGGUUGCUCGAAAUUAUUUGAUGCAGAAUUUUCUUAAGAUAUUUCAUUGUUUUAUAACCUCCAUAAAGAGAAGACAGACAGGCGUCAAGAAAGACUUAUCAAGUUACCUUUGCACUGGACACCUGUAAUGGUAUUGAGGCGACUCCAGCGCGCAGCAGAACACGUAUGAUGUGAAGACGCGGUCCUUUCCCUAGAAGGUAAUUUUCAUUUAGGUGCGGGAUGGGUCCAAGUGAAUUCUGAAUACCUUCAACAGGCAUCGCCGAUGUCCAACCUGGUGAAUCAUUAACCGGACACUCUGUUGAACGAUCCUCGGUUUCUUCCGCUUUCAUUGUCGAAUAGACUUCUCAUUUCCCGCGGACCAUCCCGACAAGCUGGUAUAUAAACAUCCGAGACAAGAAGAUGGCUCUUCGAUGCCUUACUUGAUGAAGAUGAAGAUCCGACCAUGGAACGACAGCUGAGGCAUGGACAGGUUGAAUCAGACAGGAGCUGCCAAUGCUGCAAGGCACACAGGUUACAUGAAGCAAUUCAGUCAUCAUUAUGGUAAAGACGACUCUGGGUACGGCUCAUUCUCAACUUCUUCCAGCGCUCCGGAAAACGUGUCUCUUGUACACUGCGGCCACAUGCCCAGGCAGACAGGGAUGGUCUCGCAGGGCUCUGAUUCAGACAACCUGCAAUGGACUGGCACAAAACCAAUGCCUGUAGUCUGUAAUGCUGCUGUUAAGGGCAAUGAAGAGAAAUCUGUCCUAUCCCCAGAGAACGAUAACAGCAAUGGUCAUGGCAGAGAGUGUAAUAGUUCAGCACCUCCUCUCCCACCACCUCGUGAUGACAGUUUCCUUGCCAUUCGACAACACGAUAGUUUGGCCUAUUACCAUACCCGUCAUGGACUGAGCCCACAAGAUAUGCUUCAGAGAUCAACUGAGAACAGGACACCAAGGAUGGCUCUAGAAAAUAAUCAUCAAGAGACAUCAAGCCUGCCCUUGGAGAGACAGCUCUCUAAUUUUGAACAAGCCUAUUCCCAGACUGCCUUUUUCAACCCUUCGUUUAAGGAUACUGGUUUUGUACCAGAGAAAGAUAGUCAAACUGUUGAAGGUGCUGGAAAUUUCUCUCCCAAAAGGAUUGAGAAGGCACCUCUGAGCAACAUAACUAACUCAUCUUCUGGUAUCACAUCCAGCUGUGUGGAAUCACUGAAACUAAACCACUGCAUCCCACUGGCACACAAACAGAAACCCGUACUUGCUAGUCCUUGCCAUCCUGAGCUACCAUCUCAAGUAACUUGCGUGAACGCACGCAGCCAAGAAACAGCACCAAAUUUGCACUUCACCACCACAUACCCACAAACGUCUACAGGGGACUCAAGGCCUGCCAAGGUGUUUCCAGGCUCUUCCCGUGCAAUGAAUCCUGAGGACACAAAAGGACAAAACCAUGAGGUAGAUUAUAAAUUCCACGUUGUUCAAGGAUACAAAAGUAGAGAAAGAUCCUUGAGUGUGGCAAGUACCAGACAAUUAUCGCAUCAGGUGCCUGGUCUGAAUAAUGGUGGUUAUAAUGGCCAGAGCUUCUGUGGAUUUACCGAAUAUUCUCACAUCCCAAAAUCACAUCUUGCCACGACAGUAUCUGUUCCAGUAGGAGGGCAGUAUAGUCAGAGGCAAAUGAGAAACAGUACUGGCAGUGUAGGACGUCGAUUGGAAGUGGUCAAUUGCGCAGAGCCAGGGAACGAGUCAAGCAGCCACAAUCCAAUCACUGCUGAAAAUACCCCAAUGUUGCAUCACCUUGCCUCCAAGACCACAAAUGCUGGGAGAGGCUCACUACUGAGUGCAAAACAAAAAUCCCAGCUCUCCGGAGGCCAAAACGUCCUGCCAGGACAGUACGGAGGGAACCAAGGUCUGUGCAGGACACUUGAGAAUAAAAUCACUCAGCUUCGAAAAUGUAAAAGUUCCUCUCAGCUUAUUGACCCCAUUGACCUCAACCAAUUGAAUGAAGAAUCUCCGGACACCUCCAGCUCACUGAUCAGCUCUUCUAAAACUACUUAUAGAAACCAAGUAAAGCAUGCACAGUCGAAGGUUCUGAAGGAGACUUCCUUCAAGCGUAGAGACCUCCAGCUUAGCUGGCCAAACCGAGCCAAACAAAAGCCCACCGGCAGGCCAGGCAUUACACAUUUCCAAACAGGCUCAUUGACUGAUGCUCCUGGUGACCCAACAGCCGCAUCUCCACCAUCUCAAAGGUUGCAUGAGAACCUGAGAGUCAAACCUCUGGAUCCUCAGCACCCAGCCACCCGAACAGGGAACAGAAAAAAGCUGACUUUACAGAUGAAGAAAAUGUAUUCUUCAGAACCUGAAAAAAUAAAUCAGUUAGGUGUAGAGAGUAAUUCAAGGAAGUGGGAACAGGCAAAAUCUCUCGGGUUCCCUGAUGUGCAGGGCAACAAUGGCAUUGUGACUUCAAGGAGACAACUCUUUGAAUCAGGAAAAUCUUCACAGGUGAAUUUAAAGCAGACUCAACACGAAGCGUUGGUCAACUACUUUGGCCGCAGGAGAAGUCUUAAACCCAGUGCCACAAAAUUAGUUAGUGAUCAGUGGCAGUUUUCAAAGCCUGUCCAGCACAAGAGGCUUUUGGAGAGCAACUGCUGUCAAUAUUCCAGUUGCAAACCCAUCCAAGGAUCAAAUAUGUCCCAACAUAAUUCAGCCAAGAGAAAUUGGGAUAAUUCCUCUGAAAUCUUGUCUGUCUGCAGUACUAGAUCUCACAAUCAUCUCUUAAGCCAGUCAGUUGAGCUACAAAGCUUUCCAAAAUGGACAACUACCUGCAAUGUAUCUGAAAAACUUGCCUCCACUGGCAAUCUGCUGGACCAGCUAGACUUUGUUCAUUUUGGUAGACGAGCACGGUCAAAGUCAUUCCCAUUGCCUCAGCAGAAUGAGCUAGAUCCUAAAUUGGAUAUGGAAUCGUUAAGGCAAAUUGAUAACAGCAACAGCCCUUCCAGGCCCAGCACUGCCAGAAUCAAGUCUGUAACUGAAGUAAGCGCAACUCGGAGACAUUGUGAAAACAAACUUGCGAAUGUGGCGCUCACCAAAAGCAGGUUUGAACGACAGAGAGGAAUGUCAUUGGAUGAGCCAGAAUCAGCCAGUGGCAAACCCGCCACAUGCCUGAGCAGGAGUACAGACCAGCUCUGGUGCUCGGCCGCUAAUGGGGAAUCGACUAAAGAGGACCGUGCAGUGUCGGAGUUGAAAAGAGCACCUCUACCUCUGCCAGAGUUACCUUCUACCAAACAAAACUGGAGUAAAUUGAGAAGGCACAUCAUUAGUUCACAAACCAGCCAAGAUGAAUCUACAGUUGUGUAUGAGAGACGUUCCGACAUGACCAAGCCUCGUUCAUUAUCAUACAGUGUGGAAUCACUGCAUCCACUAUCUCCCACUCCACACUCGCCGCUCAGAAAGUCACAAGCAUGGACUGAUCCCCUUUCCUCCCCAUCUGGCCAGGAAGAUGAUGUGUAUUUUGAGGAUCCCUCAGUGAAAUCAGUAAGCAGUGGCUCAGAUCUUUGCUUAGCCUCUGAAAACAUUCAUAUACAAUACAACCCCUUACAACAGUAUUCAAACACUGUAUUUGAAUCGUCACGAGAAACAGCAGCAAAUACGGAAACUGGAGUAACUGAACUGAUGACAAGUGGAAAGAAUUCACUAAAAACAAUAAAAUUUGUUCAGAAGAAUCACUCAGAAGUUGACGUGGAACAUCACAGAAAGGAUAGGACUGCGGACCUGGUUUCUUUAUCUCUUUGUUCAAAGAGCAGUGUCGAGAUGCCCUUGCCAGCCCCAAUGGCAGAUGUUGCAAAGAGUGAGGUCAAAGUUGAAAACACCAAGGCUGGAGUCCAUCAAAGUAAUGGAAAGGAAACAUCUGAGCAACUUUCGGCAAAUCAGACAAACACCGCUGUUCCACCGAGAAUGAAGACAAAAUCGCCUGAUGACCUAAGAAUGGAGAAACUGAUUAAGGAGGUUAUCGAUGAAGAUCAGUCACUAGCAGAUAUCUUGGAUCCCAACCCCACCACGAAAACCAUAAUGGACCUUGUGAAAGUAUUGUUUCAGACUGAUGCAUUGGUGCUCGAGGCUUGUCAGAGGAGUGAGCAACUGUACAGCCAGGCAGCAGAGACAAAUUUUAAACUAAAAGAAAAGCAAGAUAUACAAUUCCCAGCCCUGCCGGAAUUGGCCACUCAAACUAAGGUGCCAGUCAAAAUUAAUCCGAGACAAGAUGUCAACAAAGGAGGGGACUGUGCAAGUGAUAUCACGGAAAAAAAGAAGAAGUUAAUUGGCACAAUUAAGUGUAAACUUCAGAAGCUUCAGGACACUAAAGCAUGCCUACAUGAAGAUAUCAAAAUGAAUUCUUUGUUGGGUGAAGACAUUGAAGCCUGGAUCAAUGAUGUUUGCAAGCCUAAUGAAAUACAGAAAUAUAAGACCUUCAUUGAGGAUUUGGACAAAGUGAUGAAUUUGCUGCUUUGUCUAUCAAGUCGUCUAGUGCGUGUGGAAAAUGCCCUGAACAAAGUCAACGAGUCCACUGAUUUGGAGGAAAAGCAAUCGCUGAGUGAAAGACAUCAAACACUCUCCCGUCAGCAUGAAGGUGCUAGGGGACUGAAGGAGCAUCAAGAUCACCGGGAGCGGGUGACCUUCAACAUCCUAACAAACUACCUCACUGAGAUUCAGCUUCAACACUGUCAUCACUUUAUACAAAUGAGAAAAGCGUUAUUGAUCAAGCAAAAAGAAGUUGAAGAAUGUCUCAGAUUGACUGAGGAGCAACUGGGAUUUCUUGAAAACAGUCUGUAAUUCACAUCCCAUUUUGCUCUACUGUAAAGUUUCCAGCAAAAUCUAAAAUUGGUUUAUCAUAUCCUGUGAUUUGGAUUCAUUCCAGAAUCAACAAAUGUUAAUUCUAUUUUUCUCGUUGUUUGCACAUUAACUGACUUAAGGAGAUAAUUAAAUUUAACAGGGUUUUGCAGUAAUAAUAGAACUUAAUUCUUCAGGAUUAUGGAACAGCAGUAGUUCCAUAAUCAGCUUUUUUUAUUUAAAAUGCUUAGUAUGAAACAUAAUAUCACAUAAAAUCACGUGAUACUGUUUGCAUUGCAAAAGCACCGUGCUUAUCAUAACGUGUUGGAGCAUUCCUUGUGCAAGACAUCACCUUGGAUUGACUUGCUGCCCAAAUAUUUCCUCUGUAGUAACAAUGAGUACAGUAUCUAAAUUGGAUUCAACGUAUCAGUAUGAAAUGCUUCGCAGGCAAGUUGUCAGUGAAAGCCGACAGUGAGCCAAAAGGAGAUACUGGGCCAUUAAGAGCUACCUAAGGGAGGAAAGAGAUGUGGAGAAGGUCAGGGAGGAAAUUUCAGAAUUCUGGGCUUUAGAAAAUACUACACGAGUGAUGGUGAUAGAGCACAGAAAACUAUGCAUACAGAAUUCAGAAUUGGAGAAGCAGAGAUCAGAGGGAAUUAUAGAUUCUUAAAGGGUUAUUAGGCUGGUUGAUGGUGGUCUGGAGAGGCCCCUGGAGGGACUUGAAAAGAUAGCUGAGACUUGUUAAAGUCAAGCACUUGCCAAACUGGGAGCUAUUGUGUUCAGCCUUCUCAGAGGCAAUGCGAGUGUGUGGUUAUGGGUUAAAGUCCAAUAAAAUCGUAGAGCUCACAAAGCUUUGGGUGAGGGUUUUAGCAGCUGAUAAGCUGAAGUGAGGCCACAUUAUGGAUGUGAAAGAAAGCUAUUUUGUUAUGGGAUGGACAUACGGUUGAAGCAUUAUCGUGGACACAUCACCAGUUUGAUUUGGUCUCAGGCAGUCACCAAAGACUGGGAGAACAAAAUGUAUGAUCAAGUAUUCAGAGAAGAGAAGCAAGGUAUCUUGGAGAGAUUAUAGAUUCUUGGCUACAAGUUGGUGAUAGCGCUAAUUAGGUAAACGUGUGUAGCAGGACCUAAACACAAAGUUUUCUUCUUCCCAAUAUUUCUGCUCAUCCACUACUGCAUGAUUGAUGAACAUUCCAACAAUUUGGAGAUGGUGGAUGAGUCAAGGGAGGUGGUGCUGAGGUAAAACUGCUUAAAUGUAGAUACUGACACCAUUUUGGGUGAUAGUGCAGUGAUUUUAAAACUGUAAUCUACACUGCAAUCGCAAAGGUGGCAGUAUAGAUUACAGCAAAUCCCUAACACUGUACAUGUAGAUGUUUUUGGUGAAUAAAGUUGAUCCUUAAACUUCCAAUACAUUUGUAAAUUGCCUUAGUUUUGCACUCAUCAGUGUACUGUAAAUGUCUUGUAAUUAUCUGAUAUCAGUGUCCCUAUCAAUGUGUAAAAUGUAUAUUAAUUAUUGUUCUAGCUAUAUCUUCUAAUAAUCAUUUUUAUAAAUUAAAUUUGAUACUCUGUAAUGUACAUAUAAAUUUUAGCUUGCAUCUGUGUAUUUCACGACAAAGUGAUGUUUACUUAAGCGGGCUUCUCCUUAUUCUUCGUAAAAUGUUGAAACACCAGCCAUUAUUCCUAAAUCAUCAAUGCUGCUGUCACCCCAUCCUCCCACUGCUACACCAGGGAUAGAGUUCCUCUUGUCCUCAUCUACUACCCCACUAGCCUCCUUGUCCUGCACAUACAUCUCCACAAUCUCCAAUGGGAUCCCACCACCAAGCACAUCUUUCCCUCCCCCUGCUCCCUACUUUCCACUUUCCACAAGGUUUGCUCCCUAUGCAACUCCCUUGUCCACUCAUCCCUCCCACUGAUCUCCCUCUUGGUACUUAGUCUUGCAAGCGAAACAAGUGCCACACCACCUACUCCCUCACUCCCUUUCAGGUCCCAAACAGUCCUUUCAGGUGAGGCAACUCUUCACCUGCGAAUCUGUUAGGGUCAUCUACUGCAUCUAGUGCUCCCAGUGUGGGCUCCUGUAUAUCCUGUUUAGAGGUAUGCAAGAUAUUAAGAGGAAUAGAUAGAGUGGACAGCCAGCGCCUCUUCCCCAGGGCACCACUGCUCUAUACAAGGGGACAUGGCUUUAAGGUAAGGAAUGGGAAGUUCAAGGGGGAUAUUAGAGGAAGGUUUUUCACUCAGAGAGUGGUUGGUGCGUGGAAUGCACUGCCUGAGUCAGUGGUGGAGGCAGAUACACUAGUGAAAUUUAAGAGACUACUGUACAGGUAUAUGGAGGAAUUUAAGAUGGGGGGUUAUAUGGGAGGCAGGGUUUAAGGGUCAGCACAACAUUGUGGGCCGAAGGGCCUACACUAUGCUGUACUACUCUAUGUUCUGUAUCAGUGAGCCCCAACAUAGAUUGGGAGUUUGCUUUGCCAAGCACCUCCGUUCCAUCUGCCACGAAAAGCAGAAUCUCCCAGUGGCCACCCAUUUCAAUUCCACAUCCCAUUCCCAUUCCAACAUCUCAAUCCAUGGCCUCCUCUGCUGCUAAUAUGUGGCCACACUCAGGUUGGAGGUUUUGGUAGCCACCAACCUAACGGCACAAACACCGAUUUCUUGAACUUCUGGUAAUUUCUCACCCCGCCCCUCUCCCUUCAUCCAUUCCUGUUUCCCUUUCUCACCUUAUCUCCUUACCUGCCCAUCACCUCUGGUGCUGCUCCCCCUUCCUGUUGCUCCAUGGUCUUCUGACCUCUGCUAUCAAAUUUCCCCUUCUCCAGGCCUUUAUCUCCUUCACCAAUCAACUUCCCAGCACUUUGCUUUGCCCCCUGUCCCCCACCCCCGGUAUCACCUGCCACUUUGUACUACCUCCCCCCCCCCCCCACCUUUUCACUGUGACUUCUUCUCUUCCUUUCCAGUACUGACGAAGGGUCUCAGCCCAAAACAUUGACUCUUUAUGUCAAGAUCAUUAUUUUCGGAUAUUUUUAUAUCUUGAAAUCUUUGAUAUUUUGAAAUCUUGAUAUUUGUAACUUAUAGUGUGAUGUUUUUCAAUGUUAUGAUGCGCUCUAUAAAGGAAAAUGUAACAAGAAAGUUUGCCUUUUAUAAGCCUGUGUUCUUUGAACAGAGUAGGUAUUUAAAUUAAUAUGUAAUUGAUAUAUCUCAGUAGUAAUGAACUAACCUGAUAACGGGUUUUUUUUAAUCAACACUCCAACUGUGGCAUUGGCUUUUACUUCAUUCAUUCAAAUGUUUCAAGACAUAAGUAGCUUUCAUAAAGUUGUCCCCAAAAUGUGACUGAGUACAAAUUACUGAGGAUGAUAACAUUCUCUACCAAAACUGGAAACUACUUAAAAGUGGAAACUGACAUGAAUUCAGAUAAUAAUAAUCUAACGAUUGUAAAACUGUUAUCUAUACUCCCAUAAUAAAGAUGACAAAUUAGAUUAUGGGAAAUUCCUAAUAUAUAUGUAAAUAUAUAUGAUGAAUAAAGUUGACCAUCGA